AUGGCCAGAAGUGAUAGGCAGAAAAGAGAGUUGAAGAGCGAAUAUGUGUUUUUGGACUCCGAAACGUCUAUGGAUCAGCAAGAUUUUGAUAUGUCUAGUUGCUCUAUUAAUGACGUCUUCAACUCCAGAGACGGCGCUUCUUCUCCAUUGAGUCAGAUUGAUACUUUUCUGAAAAACGUUCAAGUUUUGCUGGAAGCAGCAAGUUUUAUCGAGAACGCCGAGAGGAAGGAUGGAAGUAAGUUUAUUUGUGUAACGGUUUUCUCCCAGUAAUAUUCAGGGAAACAAGAGUUUCAUUGUCAACAGACGCGAGACAACAAAGGGCUGAGUUCAUUCAACUGAUCUACUUAUUAUUCUCAUGCAUGCAUUAUUAUGCACGCGCACUGAUAUUGCACUAAUAGCCUAAUAUUAUGAAUGUAAUACAUUAUCUAUUACUUUCCCUGUAGUCUAGAUUUCUGAUAUGAUUAAGAUAUAUAAUUUUGUGUAUGUUUUUCUACCCCUCAAAAGCAUAAUUUGCUUUGCACCUGCUCACUGGAACAAUUUAAUUAUUUAACCUAAAUUCCUAUUUCACCAUAUAUUCCUAUUUGACCAUAUAGGCCAGGCCACUGACGAAGCCUAGAUUUAUUAAACCCCAUAAUGGUUUUAGGUGUGGGUGCACAGAACAUUUUGUUGGCCACCACUUUGAGAGUAGAUAUAUUUUACCACAGCAUCGCAGCGCCCUCCAACUCAUUUUGGGGUGACGUCAUAGUGCCCCCGCAGCCUCCUCGGUAGUCUAAACAGCUCGAUUGUUUGGGGGGAGAGAUAGGCCUAUUGUUAGAUGUUUGUACAUAUUUCAGAUAGGAUGCUUUUUCUCACUAUUAUGACGCUAGCCUAGAGCACCUGGUUUCAGUUGUAUUGCUUUAUAUUUCGGUUCAUUGUGCAAUAGUUGCACAAUCUGUAAAUCUCAAGAAAGGGAUUUUGUUGAAUAGAUGCUUGCAUGCUUUAUUAUAUUUUCUAUAAAAAAUACUUUCUUUAGUACACCAUUUACGUAUCAGGUUAUUGCAAAAAGUUUAAUAUAAUAAGUAAGUUUCAAAGUUAGAGUAAAUUGAUUACUAUUCUCUUAUUAUCUAACAAACAAUGAUAUCUUUCGUGCAACAUUUUCAUCUCUCCUUUUUUUCUACCCGAUUGUUGUUGCUUCCUGAUACUUGCGGGUUUUCCACAUGGCGCGAAAUCCCUUUGUGAUUGGUCAAGUGCAAGUUCGCAUGAGAUGCCUGUCACAAGGUAUCACCAAUCGAGCGUCUCCUUUGCGGUGAUGUAAUUUGUUGCUGGGCCCGGCUUCAGUCAGCAGGUAUACCCCCACUCUGGUGUUGAUUCAUGGGGCUUGCAGUCUUUUUUGCUAGAAAUGAAUGCGAAAGGAGAUAUGAUCAUCGGGAAUAGCAUACAGACCGGUUUUCAACUACAAUCCAGUGGACAAUAUUCAUGUUUGAUGUCUUUAGUCUGGAGUGAUCUGUAGCCCAUUCCUGCUUUUAGACUCAUUAUAGGCCAGUUAAUAACGUUUUAACAUAAUAACAUAGGAUAAUCAGGCUAUUAAAAUAAGGCUUAUUCAUAUAAUGUAGUCUCUUUCCUUUACAUUUCCAAUUAAAAGUAAUUAUUUCAAUAACAUGAAACAUUGGAGGUGGACAGUAGUACAUUGCAAAGUAGCAUAGCAGCCAUAGCAUAGGGGUAAUAUUUUCAGCUUAGAGAUCAAUAGAAUAAAGACUCAAUAUCCCAUAUAGCUUUGCGUCGAGACCAGCCCCCAGCUCGAGCUAGGUCUCCGUCCCUCAGCUGUGGAGCUAGGUAAACAAACUGGGAGGAGUGAACACAGGCAGCAGCAGGGACUUUGCAGGCUUUGGGCUUUCGGUGGAAAUGUUAUGUAGUUUAUAUCCAUUUUGUAAAAUUUUUAACUGUUUUUCCUGAAUACUUUAAAUACUUUGCUACACUCGUUUUUCGAUUUUUUAACGGCUGAAAACCUGACUGAAUAGGCUGCAGCUAGCUAGCUGUGUUGUAUAAGACUAGGAAUAUUUUUUUCGACAAGGCUUUUAAUUCCAGAUCCAGCAAACAAAUUAGCUAACAAACAAGACAUUUCUGAAGUAACGUUUUGUGUUAUACUCAACGAGGAACAAUUAUUCCGAUUUUGGAUCGUGAAACGCAAUAAUACCUGUCUUUGAAAUAGUAUCACAAGUUGUAGAAACGUUUAGCUAACGUUCGCUAGCUCUAGCAGAAUGACGGCAGUGCAGUUGAUGAACAUCCAGAGGUUAUUGGAAGCAGCAGAAUAUCUAGAAAGGAGGGAGAGAGGUAUGCAAAAAAUAAAAUAACGUUAGGCAUUUGUGGUUAGAUUCGUUUAAUUUGAUUAUGUAGGUUCAUUUGUGUCUUUUCAGAGUUUUAAAAACAUUUGCUUGUCAUGUUUGACAACUUUAAAAUACACCACAGACAAAUGUAGCUAGGCUAUGUCAGUGACAGUGUUCUGUGUGUGUUGUUGCUGUUUUCAAGCGUCAUCACCGAAAACAAACGAUUAAUUCCGUUAACGGUAGAUGUGUGGUGGGUGGCAAGAGUUGCACAAUUUAUUCGGAUGAUCUAGCACCAACAUUGUAUAUUUUUUCCCGUUGUUUACAAAAUGUUGCAUAUGGUGGGGGACGGUCCAACUUGCCUUAACCACAAUUUUAUUUCAACAGAGUGUGAACACGGAUAUGCAUCGACGUUUCCGUCGUCCAUUCAGAACACGAACUACCAGAGGCAAAAGAAAUUUCGAAACAAGAAGUUCCACAAUAACCAUAAC